GCAUUUUCUUUGCGGAGCGAUAUGGCUGGUGAUCUUCUAACCCGCCUAAUCGCGUUUUCUGAACUUUUAACACUAGCUGGGGUGUACUUUAGCUCGGCAAGUCCAAUAGUGCUGGUUUGGCAGUAUUACGCAGGAAACGAAUUAAUCAGUUACACAUUUCUGUACCUUGGGACUAUAUGCUGCUGUCUUUUAUCCUGGCUUCUUUAUACAUCCUAUUGUCCCGCAGGCCUCUUAGUUAGCCCGGUAAAAGGCCCAGGACCGUCUCACGAUAGCACCACAACCAAUGCGCAAGAGAACCCCCACGUUGUCAUCGUGGGAACCGGUUUCGGUGGUUUGUGUAUGGCACUGAAGUUAAAAGCUCUAGGUGUCUCUUUUACCAUCACCGAGAAAGAAAGCAAAAUAGGAGGGACGUGGGCUGUGAAUACCUACCCUGGUGCUGCCUGUGACGUACCUUCUGCUCUGUAUUCCUUCUCAUUCGCGCCGAAUGCGGAAUGGGAUAGGCGCUGGAGUGACCAGCCUGCUAUCCUCAAGUACAUUGACGGUCUUUAUCGUGAUAACAACAUACUUCCGCAUGUGGUUUGCAAUACCGAGGUCACAAGGGCCACGUGGGUGGAGAAGGAAUGUACUUGGAAGAUCGAAUGCGAGCGCAGAGUUGGUGGGGAAAUUGAGAAAGUGAUAUUUCGGGCCAAGUGGUUUAUAACCGCUACUGGACAGCUCUCGUAUCCGCUGGUACCCAAUGUCAAAGGCGUGAAAGAUACCUUUACCGGGGAGUCCUUCCAUUCCGCUCGCUGGCCCACCGAGUCUAACGACGGCACCUGCUCAUCACCUGCUCAGCUAGACGUUGUGAAGAACAAGAAAGUCGUCGUUGUUGGGGCUGGCGCGUGUGCCAUACAGAUUGUACCGGAAGUCGCGAAGGUGGCCUCGCAUUUGACCGUCAUACAACGCACCCCGUCUUAUAUCGUCUGGAAGCACAACCAGACAUAUAGCUCGUUCCGACGCAUGUGCUACCGAUACCUGCCUCUGUACUUGAAAGCUCACCGGUACUCCUUUUGGAUGUUUGCGGAACUGUUGUACCAGGCAGCAAGCAAGAGAGACUCUUUCUUGAAUGCCUUCCUUGGCAAGACCGUUGGUCUGUCACAAGUCAGAACGCAGAUGGGGGAUAAAGAGGGUCCAAACUCCGAUCUCAUACGCAAAGUGGAACCGGAUUACCAGUUUUACUGCAAACGAACCUUAUUUUCAAGUGACUGGUAUCCUGCCCUAAUGCGCGACAAUGUUGCAUUGGUCACAGAUAGUAUGACUGAAGUAGUGGCCGAUGGCGUGGUGACCAGCGAUGGCACCACGCACACCGCAGACACCAUCAUCUACUGUACCGGAUUUAGAGCGACCAAUGUACUGUUCCCCAUGAUCAUACACGGCAUUGGUGGCCUUGUGCUGAACGCUGUCUGGGGUAAAAGACCCCGCGCCUACCUGGGUAUAUUUAUGAAUGACUUCCCUAAUAUGGGUAUAUUGUACGGGCCGAAUACAAAUCUGGGGCAUUCUUCGAUUAUCCAGAUGUUGGAGACACAAGCGGAAUACAUCUGUCAGGCAAUCAAGUACGUCUGGGAGACGGACAAUGUGGAUGCUGUGGCUGUCAAGGAGGAUGUGCUCAGGGCGCACAUUGAGACGGUAGACGCAGAGAUGAACAAACUCGCCUUCGCAGCCGACUGCAACAGCUGGUACAAAAUCGGGGGCAACAAUCCUCUGCAAUGUUCGACUAGCACCUUGUGGUACUGGCUACGCACUCGGCUGUUCCAGGCUGAAGACUAUGACGUGUACUCGGUUGAGAACAAGAAGCGAAUAUAAACUAUGGUGUUGGG